AUCCAAAUCAGGUUCGAUCGAACCAAAUUAAUUACAAAGCAGGUGUAAUAUACUUGUAAUGUGAUUGGUCAUUUUUUCUGAAGUGCAUUUAAUCGGUUUCAGGUUCGGUCGAUUCUGGUUUGGACAAGAAUUUUCCUUACAUCCAAAGCAGAAACAAAACACACACAACAUGACGAAAACCGAGGAACACUGCAUUUGGUCUGUGGGAAUAAUAUUUCCACAGGAAACAUCCAACACUGGAAACAAAAUGAACCCAUACGAGACAAAGAUACAUACAUAACAAAGUUGUGUGAACCUACAUAAACUGCAAACAUGUGUAUUCAUUUGAUCCAAAUUCCGAAUUCCCCAAAGCACUGUUAGAAAAACAAAUCAUGCGUGCCCCUUUUCAUAUUCUGAAGUUGCUUUGGAUUUGUUGGUUCACUGUUAAGGUUCUUGCAGCUUAUUUCCUACUUCUUCAGGCAAAAAUGUCUGAAAACUUUCAUGUUGAGGAUGUUAAAGAAGAUAUUGGUUACUCAUGUUCAUUGUCAGAAGUUGAUGCCAUCCUUCUUGAUACAGAAACCUCGCAGUUGAAUUGGCCUGAGAGCAUGAUGAACUCGUUGACGCAUGAUCGCAUUCAUAAAUCAGCCGAACCUGGAGGAAGAAAAUCGAGAAAGGCGUGUAAUGGCUGCAGUAUAUCACCACCUAGUCUUCAUAGUGGUCUUCGACCUCCUUCACUUCUCGAGCAACAACUCCUUCCAGUGAUCAAGGGCAAUGAUGCGGCUCCAUUCUCAUCGUCAGGAGAGAAGUUCAAAUCAGCACAGCUAACAAUUUUCUACAAGGGAGAGAUCAAUGUUUAUGACACUGUCUCUGCUGAUAAGGCAAGGGCUAUUAUGGUUCUAGCAUGUGAAAGUUCUCUAUCAGCUGCUGUUGCAAAAAAUGCAGCAGAUUCACAUGUGCCGAUGACACGCAAAGAAUCUGUCCCACCGGCGAGUAAUUCCCUUUUUACCGUCACUGAUUAAUGUUUCUUCUUUAAGUAUACGGGAAUGCAAGAAGGACAUAAGUUCAUACAACUUAUACUAUAUGUUUUAUGAUUAUAAGAUGUUAGAUCUUAUUCCGAAAAUAAGUUUUUUCAGUGUUUGGAUAAAAUAAGAUUAUGAAAUUUAUAAUCAACUAAUACUAUUCACUACAAGGCGCUCACUCCGGCUAUUUUUUGACAAUCGACGAGAGAGGUGUGAUCAAAUCUUGCUUCCACCGCGACUUUCUGCAUAUUUUUUGAAGAAAGCGAGGAAUUCUUGCAAGUGAUAUGUGAACAAAUGCAGGUUAAGGGAAUGUUUUGAGAAAUCAAGAACUCAUGUAGCUUGUUCAGGCAAGAAGUAGUAGUUAGUGUAAUAAACUAGCAAGAAGUGUUGUGGAGGCUUCAAGCCCAUCUUCCAUCCAAGAAGUGUUAAAUCUGUUGCACCUACCUCGACAAAGGAAACCGAACAACUACAAACGUUUUCUCGUCAAAAUUUAGGGACAUUAUUGCCCAAUUUAAUUACAAUAAACCCAAAUCCAAAAGGCCCGUUAGCCACUCUGAAAAGGCAAGGGAGCUAAGUACGUACCACAGUAGAGUGACACGUGGAUGUGUACGACGCUGGCCCGUGAUGAUGA